AUGAAGUUCCUCAUCCUGGUCACCGUACUCCUCGCCCCCCUCGUCUCCGCCGCCGAUAUCUGCCGGACCUCCAGAGACAACUGCGAGGGAACCCGAGUGUGCUGCAACGGGAUCCACGAGGGCCAAUGCUGCAACCUGGGCGCCACCGUCCGUCAUAUCCGGUACACGCUGCCUGCCGACAGUCGCGGUCGAUCCUGGACCGGAAACAGCUGCCAGGGCGAAGUACGCACUUUCCCCAAUCGCCAUGCUGGCACGAGCUGCCACAGGCCGGCAAAUCCUGGUGGUCGGUCGGGCAAGUGGCUCCGCGGGCUGGGGAGUGCCGACGAGGAAGAGGGGGAUGUCGUGGUCGAGGCGCACCACUCCUGUGCGGAGCCGAAUACUCUCUACUAUGAGGGAGAGGAUGGACUGGAGGAGAGCGCGGCGCUCCCCGGUCAUUUGAGCGCCGAUGAGGUUUUGGAGGCGUUGGAGAGAGGGGUUAGUGUCAAGACCUUGAUUAUUCAGGAGAUCAGGGAGUAG